GGCGUGGCUGCAGCCCCAAGAGCCUCAUGGCUCUCAAAAAGCGGGACGCAGCCGGUGCGUCCAGCGCCCCGGUCCCUCCUCUUCGCGGGGAAAAGUCUUGUCAUGACCUGCGUGGGGACGCGUCUCCUGCUCUCUUGUUGAUUUUCCCCAGCCAGCGGGCCUGUCGCCGUGCUCCUGUUCCGUAUCCUUGAGCCAUGAGCAAGGCCAUCCGCUUCGCCGCUCUGGCCUGUGCGCUUGGCAUCGCCGACUCCAAGGUUCUGAAAUGGAGCGAUAAUGGCCCAAGAUGGAUUCCUCCCCGCGAGACGCUCGCCUACUUGCCGUCCCUGGGCAUGAACCCGCCGAGUCCGACCCCGCCACCGGAGGUUGAGCCUCGAGAUGGACUUCGUGCUCGAGAUCCCACGCAGAACACUUGCGCAUACGUUGACGGCAUCGGCAUCUCGUCGCUGUAUUGCGACGCCACUGCCAACUGUGUAUACAACUCGAUCAACUCACAUAUUGGAUGCUGCGAUGACGGCUCCACUUACUGCCCCGUUUGGACGACUUGCUAUGACUCGACGGAGCGAUCCAGCUAUUCCACAAACAACGGCUUCACCCUCUGGUGCGGCAACUCGACAUAUCCGCAUUGCAUUACCCAUCUAUACUACGAUGCCCGGUUUACCGGUUACACCCUGCUCGGCUGCGCUGUCGCUGCGGGUACAGACAAAGUCUGGUUCACCUCUACCGACGGCACAACAUCAACAAGCAGCAGUUCGUCCAGCAUCUCCACAACCACAAGCUCGAGUUCCACCUCCUCCUCCUCUUCAUCCUCCUCCUCUUCCUCAUCCUCCAGCGGUAGUCCUAGCUCAAGCUCCCCCACUCCCGCCCCAGCCACGACCACCGAUUCCCAAGGCUCGUCGACCCCUGUUGGCCCGAUCGUCGGCGGCGUCGUCGGUGGCGUAGCCGCCCUCGCCUUGAUCGGCCUCGGCAUCUGGGCGCUGAUGCGACUGAACAACAAGCAAAAGACGGACGCCGCCGCCGGCGCCGCCGCCGCGGCUGCUGCUGCUGCUGCGCAACAACAACCUCCCCCUCCCGGCCCGCCCGGCCCGCACAUGUCCCAGAUGCAGCCUCCGCAAGGCUACUACGGUGUGGCGGCCGCCGGCGCCGGCUUCAACCAGUUCGAUCCGCGCUCCAGCAUCGCCAAGCCCGUCGCCUACAGCACGACCGAAAGCACCCUCUAUGCCGGCGGCGGCGGCGACCACCAGACCCUCGGCUCGGCUCCCAGCUCCUCUCCACCCCACAGUCCCAACCAGGGCUAUCCCACGCAGCACACACCGUCGCCGCCGCCGCAGGGACAGUUCGUACAGCAGCAGCCGCCGCCGCCGCCGCAGCAGCAGGGCUAUGUGCAGCAGCAAUUCGGGAAUGUGCCGCCUGCUGCGGCGCCCGGCGCGGGGUACCAGCAGCAGCCGCCACAGCAGGGGCAGCAGUAUGGUUACGCACCGGUGGCGUAUACAGUCGAGUUGCCGACGCAGAGGGGGGAUGGACAGCUGAGGGAGCUGCAGGGUUAAUGAGCAACGGGGAGGACGGGGAGGAUGUAGUAACGCUGGUUUGGGCGUCUUGAUGGGCGAGCCCCUUGAUUGGGGUAUAUACUGGCUAUCUUGGAUAUGUGGUAUGAUUCCAGCACGGCGGCUGUGUACCCGGGGAAAUUGAUGUCUUUGAAAUAUGCCGAAGAGUGUCUCGCUUUGACGCUUGGGGUUGCACCCACCGACAGGCGCUC